UUACUUGUAAUUAGGGUAUAACUAAUUUGAAUCAAAAAAUCCGGAAAGAACAACUUGUAAAAAUGGUACAACUUGAUACUCCAGUACAACUAGUGUCCUUUGGCGGCGCCACAUGUGAUUCUCCCUGGCCAAUGUGUAUCACGUGAUUUUUAAAACUGAGGCAAAUUUAAAAUUUGAAAAAUCCCUCUUUUCCCACCUUUUUAAUGGAUCGGCCCAUUAUCCAUUUUAAUGGAUCAGCCCAUUAUCCCUUCCCAUCCCUCUCCUUCUCCUUCUCCUCCUUCUUCCUCGUUUCAUAGGUUUUCUCUAGGGUUUUUCUUCAAUUUCAGUCUAAUUGAGAAUGAGCUGCAAUUCAGGAGCUUCGAUCUCCUCUAACCGAGUAAGGGUUCCUGGAAUUCCGAAAAAGUGUCAUUGUGAGUCCCCAAUUGUUCAAAAAAUUUCUAGAUCGGUACCAAAUCCGUAUCGUCGCUACUACAGGUGUGCGUAUGCGGCACAAAUGAAGCUUGAGAAUGAUAACCAUGUCUUCAAGUGGCUUGAUGAAGCAUUGGUGGAUGAGAUAGAACAAUUGGAUUUUCAAGUAGAUGUUCUUGAAGAAGAAGUUAGACUGAUGAAGAUGGAGAAGAUACAAGAUAUGAAGGAACUUAAUAAAAAGAUGAUAAUCGUUUUCUGUAGUUGUGUUCUUGUAGUAUGUCUAGUAAAAUGGUACAACUAAGUAAACCUUGUUCUUGGUUACUAAGAAGUUUGUC